AUGGAGGGAGAGCUUAAUUACGCUUCCAUUGUUUUCAAAGCUAACAAGCCCUCCGCAUACAAAGCUAAACGUGAGGAGGAAACCGUGUAUGAUGACGUGAAGGUUCAGGGCAACACAGCAGAUCUAAAUACAGACACACAAGAAUUUUUAGGCGAGAAGCCAGUGAGAGGACGUCACGGUGUUCAGCUGGUGGCGUGCUGUUUGGGGAUUCUUUGUGUUGUCUUGGUCACGGCCAUCGUAACACUCUGUCUCUACUUUCCUGCAGCAAGAAAUGACAGUGAUGCAAAGGUGGUGCAAAAGUUGAAAGAAAACAACCUGACCAGCAUCAUCAACAACCUCAGCUCAACAAUAAUGAACUUAAAAAAUAACAUCAGUAAUCAGACGGCCCUCAUUGAGAGACGGCAUAAUCCUUGUCAGGAAGGCUGGCUCCUCUCCCCGUCCAAUUCUAGCUGUUAUCUGGUUAUAACAACAAAUAAUUUCAAUGAAUGGAAAACCUGGGAAGAAGCUGGAGAAGACUGCAGGCAGAGGAAUGCAGAUUUGGUUGUGAUAGAAAAUCAACAGGAGCAGGAAUUCAUCCAGGAAAUCGGUGAUGGGCCCAGUGACAGUACUUUGUACAGCUACUGGAUUGGCUUGAGAAGAACAAGUGGGGUCUGGAAGUGGGUCGAUGGAAGUGAUCUGACUGAAAACUACUGGAUAUACCAACCUUUAGACGACACGGACUGUGCAGUUUCUGUCCAGUGGAGCUCACCUAAGGGAUGGAUAGAUGAGAAAUGUGCUGACAAAAACCAAUGGAUCUGUGAAAUGAAGGCUUUGUCUGUUUAG